AUGACGCCGAGCUCUCGAAUGCAAACAAACCCUCAGACCACUGACUACAUCGUACACGGUACGGUCCUAACAGUCGACGGGACACCUCUUGUAGACUAUAUUAUCAAUGCUGUGGACGUCGACAUUCGCUCCGAGCAAUUGCUCGGCAGCACACGAACAUCCAAACCCGACGGUUCAUAUGUGAUUCCAUACUAUCCGGACAAAGUCAAGCCGCUCGAUAGAGGAUCAGCAGACCUUAAGAUUUAUGUGUAUGACCCCGCAAAAAAGGAUGUGGUACUGGCAAAGUCGGAGAUCAAGUUCAAUGCGCCCAAGGACUGUACCAUCGAUAUUGUAGUCGGCGGAACGACCGUCAAAGGUCCUCCGGAAUUUGAUGUAUUGGCAGCCAAAAUUCUUCCCCUACUUGGCAAAUUGGAACCGAGUCAGAUUGUCGAAGAUGAUGAACAUCAGGAUAUUUCGUUUCUCGUGGGCGAAUUGGACGAGCAGCGCGAAAGAGUCGAGUUCUUUGCGUUGGCGUGCCAGUUCCACGCGGAGACCAAGAUUGAUCCGGAUAUCUUCUACGGCGUACUUCGAAAGGGUUUACCCACAGACCUUGGUCAACUGCUUGGGCAAAGUGUCACUCAAUGGAGAGACGCUCUGAAUGCCGCCAUGUCCGAAAACAUCAUUCGUACACGAAGCAACAAAGAACUAGAACCCUUGUUGCAGGCAGUCGUACGGCAGGGAGUCAGACGCGCGGUCCAGAUUCCCGGACAAGAAGGCAAGACAGCGCUUGGUGCACUCCUCUCAACAGGAUUUCAAAGCCCAGCACUCUUCGUCGAGGCACUUACCAAAGCCGAAAAUCCAUCGGUCGAGGAGUUCUGGGCGGGUCUUGAGGCAAAGCCAGAGUUCAAGGGCAAGGUUGCGGCAUUACAAUCCACGGUGCAACUGGGAAUCCUCACACUAAGCCACACGCCACUGGUACAGGAACUACAGCGACAGAAGAAGAAUUUCGCAGACCUCACACAAUUCAGCGUGAAAGGGUGGUUAAAACUUAUCCAACACCCCGUGUCUAAGAUUGGAGUCCCUCCAGAAGUGCCCGGAGACACGGAAGACGAGAAAGCCCUGAAUUAUGCGACCGCGUUAUCCCAUGCAGUAGAAGACGCGAUGCCAGCGAAGCAUUUAGUCGACAGGCUGACAGAUCCAGAUGAUGAUGCAGAGCAGGGACACUUGCCAACAAAGCCACAAUUGCUGUCUUUUCUUCAAAAGAACCCUAAAUUUGACUUCACAACGCAGAGACUGCCGGAUUACCUGUCCAAGAAUCGUGACGCCUUACUCGGAUUAGAAAGUCCCGACCUAGUCAAGUCCACAGUCCAGGCCAUUCAGAGGGUAUAUUCGAUCGCACCCAGGUACAACCAGACACGAGCUCUUAUCGCAGACGGUAUACACUCUGCAAUGCAAAUAUCUCGCAUGGGCCAGUCAGCCUUUGCUGCCAGAUAUGGUACCGCACUUGGUGGAAAGGCAGAAGCAUACAAGAUCUUUGAGCGCUCCGAGCAAGUCCAUGCCACGUCAUUCAACCUCAUUGCAACCUAUGGCUUGAUAAACAGCAAAAUCAAAACCCCGGUAUGGCUUGAUUGGAAAGUGUCUCAAACCACUGUAGAUGGGCAUAUUCCAGAUCUAGAAACUCUUUUUGGAUCCAUGGAUAUGUGCGCGUGCGAGGAGUGUCGCUCAAUCGAUGGUCCAGCUGCGUAUUAUGUCGACAUCUUGCACUUUCUCAAGGACCGCAGAUUGAUCGACAAAAUCGAAAGAGAUCGCGAUGGUAAUAUUGACAAGGUAACGUUAAAGCGACGUCGGCUGCCCGGAUCCAAUGUUGAGGUGGAGAUGAAUGUAAAGGACGUGCUAUUCGACCGACGUCCAGACCUCGGAGAGAUUGAACUCACCUGUCAAAAUACCAACACACCUCUUCCAUACAUAGACUUAACUAUCGAAGUACUCGAAGAUGCGAUCCGUCCGCCCCCAAAGUUCAAGAAGGUCACGUUACCCGAUACUGCAGCCGUCGAGCUGAACGCUUUAAACCUUCAGAACAUCAGAGCCCUUUUCACACCUCCACUGACUAGCUUUGCUACCGCAACGGUGGUGAACCGGGGUGAGUGGUGGGAAAUCGAUGAGUCCGCAUAUACAUACUCGAUUCAGAUAGAAGAAAAAAAGAUCAAAGCCGUUUGGCGGAGUAGACAGACCAAGGGUUCUGCAGCAGAAAGAGCGGCGAAUCCGCAGUACAUGAAUGCAGGCGCCUAUGAGGUUCUUCGAAAACAGGUGUAUCCUUGGAACCUUCCAUUUGACCUAUGGACCGAAACAGUGCGGACGUAUCUGGCUCACAUUGACGUUCAGCGGUGGCGGGUCACGGAGGCGCUUUCUCCCACUCCAAGACCACAGACGCUCCAGAGGCUAGACAUUGCCCUGGAGCAGCUCAGGCUCACCAAAUUAGACGCAGAUCUCAUCUCUGGUAACACUACGGGGCAACCAGAUGCUUCCCAAACCGGCCUAUGGAAUCUUUGGGGUUUCAACACGGAGGUGCUAGAUGUAAACAAUGGCAUCCCGGAUCCCUCCAAUAAGGACUUGAUGAUCACAGGUGGUCUUUGGACAACCGUCCUGACAUCUCGGCUGGAUAUUUUCUUGAGACAGUCUAGUCUUAAGUACAACCAGCUACGAAAUCUAAUACAGAUAUACAAACCACCAGAGAAGCCCGUUUUAAGCAUCAAUCCUAUCAAAGGCGCCAAUGCGGGUACCUGCAAUCUCAAGGACUUGCAGCUUGACGGUGCUGACGUGGGAGCACUUCACUGGAUCAGCCGUUUCAUUCGCCUCUUUCGGAAACUGGAAGGCCAUGGUUGGACUGUACUUACUCUAGGCCAAGCCCUGAAUACAUUCGGCUCCCAGUCACUACUGUCGCUAGCGCACAUCGAGCGCCUUCGUGCGGUGUUGGACAUACCUCUCCAGGCAAUUCUGGCUUUCUGGGCGCCGAUAAGCACACAUGUGUAUAUCGACCACGAAGACGAAGAUGAAGACGUCGAGCCUGCGUCAUUUUUCGCUAGUGUCUUCAAAAACAAGACGGUCGUCACCAAUCCUCCAGACCCAAUCUUCAAUGGUGAUCCAACAAAUCUUUCGGGCUCCCUGUCCGCUAGUGCACCGGCGAUUUCAGGUGCUCUGAACAUUGCGGCCAGAGACCUUUCUGUCGUCCUCCAGAGUACUAUCAUUGUAGUAGACGACGAGCUUUCGUUAAGCAAUUUGUCGCAGCUAUACCGACACUCAGUACUUGCCAAGGCCCUAGGUCUGAAGAUUCGCGACUACCUACUUCUUUUGAAAGUACGACCUUUCGAGGUAUUCGAAGAUACUUCUGCAACGGUGGCGUUUGUAGAAAGCGUUUCUAGGAUUGUUGAAUCAGGGUUCAGUUUUAUAGAACUAAACUAUUUGCUUUGCCAUGAUUUCACUGAUGAAAGUCGCGUGCAUCCCACUGAUAGUAGCCUAUCACAAAUCCUCGAAGAACUGAGGAGCGAUUUACAGAAGAUAUCAAAUGAAAACACUUUUGACGAUGAGGAAGAGGCGGAUGAGAACGGUGAAAUAACGAAGAAAAAGCUCAUAUUGUUGGGUUGGCCCGCCGAUGUUGUCACCCAAACUGUCGCUAUGCUCAAUAAUUCGACCAGUUUCACCGUUCCAAUUGGGGCGCCGCUGCCCAAUAAUCUUAUCUUCCCCGAAGGUCUGCAAGACAAACUCAGUUACGAUGCCACCGACGAGACUGCGCUUAGAUUGACGUAUACUCGUGUCAUGACAAUUGCUGAACGAGAUGAGCUGCUCAAUGUGCCACACGCUAGCAACGAGUACAAAGUAGCUAUCAACGCUCUCUUCGAGAUCCCGCGAACAUUCUUCAAACGAAAUCUCAGUAGUUUCCUUGCUCAACUGCAGGACUUUUCCACCAACCUUGCUGAUCUGCCAACGAGUGUGAAAUUUCCUUCAAGUCUGAAGAGGAAAUUAUUCUUUGACCCGACAGCGAAGACGCUUCAUUUCCUUGGGGUGAUGUCGGAGUCGGAGAAGCAGGCAAUAUUAGUUGGCGUGGACCAAGUCGCCAACGUAGCAUUCGUUGAAGCUGUGGACGCACUUUUUGCAGCACCAGAUACGUUCAACACCACUGCAGACGUUUUCUUGACACACGAAGACGUCUCCACCAUGUUCGAUGCUUCAAAAAUUGACGACAAACAAGUUGCCACGUCGGACCGUAGCGCGAUUUUGCUCAAGAAGCUGCUUCCCGUGCUCAAGGAUCGACUUAGCUCCCGACUUGUGACGCAAAAGGUGGGCCAAUACCUGGGCGUAGAAGACCAGAUAACCGAGGCGCUCUUGACCAAGUGGGUGAGAAUGUCAGGUGGCUUUGUGGGCCUUCAAUUCCGAGUACCGGCAUUCAUCGAUAGCAGUACAAAAGUGCCUGUAACCAAAAUUGCGUUUCCAACACAGUUCAACGCUCUCGUUCUGCUCAAGAAAAUUGCCCUCAUCGUGUCGAAAUUCGGUCUUUCCAAGAAGGAGUUAAGGUGGCUAUUUGACUACAGGACCUCAACACCUUCAGACCCUACCACUGGUUGGCUAGAUUUGAAUGCUUUGCCCCUCCAGCUUGUACCAGCAGAUGCAGUGCGGUUCCUAGGAUGGGAGAGACUGGUAACCUUGUUCCAGCUGCGUGACAGCCUUCCACUCGGCACAAAUACGCUAGAUAUAAUCUUCACCAUGGCUAGAAAUUCAGGUGGAGAUCCAAUCCAAGAGCUCAGUAAGAAGACGCAAUGGCUACAGAAGGACGUGGAAUAUCUCGCAGGUCCAGCAGUGUUCAACCUCGCACUCCCUGAUGCAUUCCGCGAUGAGAUUGCUCUGACGAAGAUAGUCGAUGCACUAAAGCUCAUUCGCAAGAUCGGUUGCUCUGCUGCUGAUGCAGCGCUCUUCGCAAAGCCCGAGCUUGGUGAAAUAGAGGCACGAGCAGUCGUGCACACUGUCAAGUCAAAGUAUGACGAAACUAUGUGGUUGACAGUAGCGCGACCGCUGCGAAAUAUCCUUCGGGAGAAGCAAAGGGCUGCCCUAGUUGCCUACCUAGUAGCACAUCCUCUUCCUGGCAUAGUGCCAAUAUGGCAGAGUCCCAACGACCUGUAUGCAUACUUUCUCAUGGAUGUCGAAAUGGGCCCAUGUCAACUUACCAGUCGCAUAAAGCAAGCCAUUAGCGUAACGCAACUCUUUACGCAGCGCUGCCUUAUGAAUCUUGAGCGUCGGCAAGUGCUAGCGAGCUCCGAGUUUGACGUUCGGUGGAACGAGUGGAAGACACUGAAGUCAUUUCGAAUCACUAGCGCCGCUCGUCAAAUCUUUGAGAAGCCAGAAAACUUUCUCGACUCGGCUCUAAGAGACGACAAGUCGCCGUUCUACAAAGAGCUCGAGACAGAGCUACAACAGAAUGACCUGACUCAGUCGACGGCUGAGGUCGCCUUUGCCAACUAUUUGGAGAAGCUUGAUACCGUAGCUAGUCUAGAGGUUUUAGCGUACUACCACCAAGAGGAAAUUGACGCCGCCGGAAACACUUCCAUCGAUAUAAUUCAUAUCUUUGCGAGGUCUCGCGGUACUCCCUCUCAAUACUUCUACCGCAAGCGCGUAGAUUCUGCUGAGUGGACAAGCUGGGAGAAGAUGGAUGUAGAUGUUACUGGGUCCCAUCUUAUCCCAGUAAUGUGGGGUCGGAGACUCUAUCUCUUUUGGGCUGUAAUGACGGAGAAGCAAGCGAAAACAGCAAUCACGAUGCCAUCAGGGUCUAAUGGCGUACCGGUGGGCAAUUCCUUUUGGGAGAUCAAACUCGCUUGGUCUGAGCUCAAGAACGGCAAGUGGCUUGCAAAGAAAAUCUCUGAAGAUUUUAUCCUGUGUUGGAAGGCGGGUCAUGUGUAUAUUCAGGAUUUUGACGAACCGGAUAUGCAGAAGAAAGAAGGCAGAUCUAACUUGACAUUUAAGGUUGUUGGCGGUGGCGACUCCACGUCCCUCCGCAUCGACUGUAAGCAGAUUAUCACCGCUCCGGAUCUCAUUGGGUACUUCUUUUUCGACGGGAUGAAGAUGACACCAACUGUAACAUCAUUACUACGUGGAGAGCCGCUCCCUGCGUCGAUUGAUCCGCUUCUCUUCUUUUACAGUUAUAUUGCUUGCCCGACAGGAACGACGCCAAGAUGGAUGUCCUUUGGCCAAAUCGGAGAUGGAAGGACCGGAGGCACGUCUGGUGGUAAGCUCUACCUAACGACAAGAAGAUUCAGUACAGCUCUGGCCGAACAAUCCAAGAGCAAGGUGACAGCAACAAAAGGAGAAGCCCUUGUAUUGAGAAACAUUGUGGGCCCAGGCUUAUUCAACAUUAUCCAUGGGCAUCAAGAUCAUCAAUUCAGUUCGCAGCGGCCAUUCUUCUUCCAGCAUCAAAAUCGGUCCUUUUUUGUUGAGCCUGAGGAUGUUGCUCUCCGGUAUGACCCUCGUAUUUGGUUAAAGGAUGCCGCGAAACUCAACCCCUUGUUGCUGGAUGGUUCAUAUUUCAGCCAGUAUCUGGAGAAAACGCGCAUUCCCACUCCUCAUCAACCCUUCCCCGGCCCUGAAAUUGUGGGUCCUCUCGUAGGCAAUCCCUCCUUUGACAUUAGCACGACUGGGAUUCAGUCCCAUAUAAAAACAUCCAUUGGAGCAGCUCGAGAGUUGCGGUCGCUCACCUUGUCGUCGACUAUGAACAGGAACAUAGAUAAACUCGACCUGAGUCGUAUCGACGUCAAGAUUGACAGCAUUUUCCCAAGGAAAAAGGUCUACAAAUUCUCUUCCUUCUAUCACCCCUUUGUGACAGAGUUCACAAAGCACCUGAACCGCGACGGUAUUGAUGGCCUACUUCAGCGUCCUGUCCAGCUGUCCAAACGAGUCUUUUUUGGGGCCGCCUUUGAUCCCAACAGGGCACAUGUAGCAGGCUCUUACCCGGAGGAAGAGGUCGAUUUUGAUUUGGGGGGAAGCAUGUCGCAGUACAAUUGGGAACUUUUCUUCCACAUCCCCAUUCUUAUUGCGGAGCGACUGAGUCAAAACCAGAGGUUUCAGGAAGCGCAAAAGUGGUUUCACUAUAUUUUCGAUCCGACAGACACUUCUAAUCUCAAAUCGCCUAUGCGUUACUGGCGAAUGAAGACCUUUUUCGAGACGGAAGAUCCGCAAUAUGCCGAGGAAACUAUCCAGAAUCUCAUGCGCUUCCUGGCAAAACGAGGAAAUCCACAGGAGCUAGCUGCGUUGUCGGCAGAUUUGAGGAAGCGCCUAGAGGUCAUGGAAGAAGCAGUCAAAAGAUGGCGGAAGGACCCCUUCAAUCCCUAUCUUGUAGCACGAACCCGCACAACGGCCUUCCAGAAAGCGGUUGUGAUGAAGUAUCUAGACAAUCUAAUCGCAUGGGGCGAUCAUCUCUUCCGUCAAGACACAAUCGAGUCCAUCAACGAGGCCACGCAGCUCUUCAUUCUAGCUGCCGAGAUUCUUGGGGAGAGGCCAUCCGAAAUCGCUCCUCGCGCGAAACCGCGAGUUCAAACAUUUAACACUCUGGAAGAUAAGUUGGACAGCUUCUCCAACGCUCUUGUCCAGAUCGAGGAGCUCGUCCCUGCUGCCCCAAGUAACAAAGUCUCCAUUCGCCCAACAAAGUAUCAACCGCAAGUCGCUAGCUCUAACAUUUUGUACUUUUGUGUACCCAAAAAUUCGAAGCUGUUGGGCUACUGGGACAUUGUAUCGGAUAGGCUCUUCAAGAUUCGCAAUUGCAUGAACCUCCAGGGUAUCGUCCGUGAGCUAGCACUCUUCGAGCCACCCAUUGAUCCAAUGCUAUUGGUUAAGGCUUCAGCUGCAGGUGUCGAUUUAGGGAGCGUCUUAAGUGAUAUGGAUGCUUCAUUGCCGUAUUACAAGUUUACAACCAUGAAUGCCAAGGCAAAUGAAGUGUGCAACGAACUGAGAGGCCUCGGAUCGGCACUUUUGACGGCCCUAGAGAAGCGGGACGCUGAAUCACUUGCCCUUUUGCGCGCAAGUCACGAGAUAACGACACUGGAAGCCGUUCGGAAAAUUAAGGAAAAGAGCAUCCAGGAGGCCUCCGAAGCACUGAGCGCCGUGGGAAAUGGGAAAUCCGUCGUUCAAGAACGAUUCAAUUACUACAACACCAUUGCCUUCAUGAAUCCCUGGGAAAUUGCGCACAUGUCAAUGGAAGGCCUCGCGCUUGUUCUCCAAAUCAUUGAGGCAGCUACACAACCUGUCGCGGCGUCGCUGGCUCUCAUUCCGGAAAUUAAGGUCGGCGCUCCGACGUCAGUAGGUGUUACCUACGGCGGCGCAAAUCUCUCGUACUCGGCAUCAUACUUUGGCGCAUUUUUGUCUCGCUCAGCUGGGCUUCUUAGCAAAGGUGCCGGCAUGGCUGCGACCAUGGGAAGUCAUUGGCGACGGAAAGACGACUGGGAUCUUCAGAAGCGUUUGGCGAGCAAAGAGCUCGACCAAUUUGAUAAACAAAUCGCAGGAGCAUCGGUGCGGCUCGAGAUUAGCACCCAAGAGCUGUCCAGCCACGACUUACAGCAAGAGAAUGCAAAAGAAAUCCGAGACUACUUAGAGAGCAAGUUCAACAACGUCGAGCUCUAUGACUGGAUGAUUGGCCAACUCUCGACGCUAUACUUUCAAUCGUAUCAAAUGGCAUAUGACAUUUCCAAACGCGCCGAGAGAGCCUAUGCAUUCGAGUUAGGUUUGCCAAAGGCAGAUUUCGUCCAGUUUGGGUACUGGGAUAGCAUGAAGAAGGGCUUAUUGGCUGGUGAGAAGCUUGCCUACGACCUCAAGAGAAUGGAGCUGUCGUACCUGGACCAGGAUAGACGGGAAUACGAAAUCACAAAGGCCAUAUCACUUGUCCAGCUUGACCCAGUUGCACUGAUUCAGCUCAAGGAAACGGGCGAAUGCUUCUUCGGAGUCCCAGAAGCUUUGUUUGACCUCGACUAUCCCGGCCACUAUUUUCGCAGAAUCCGGACCGUGGGAGUAACGGUCCCUUGCGUUGUUGGGCCGCAUUCGAGCUUCAGCUCAACUUUAACGCUCCUGAAGUCGUCGGUCCGCGUCGGAGCCACACUAUCGAAUGGGAAGUAUGGGAGGCGUGACAAUGAUACACGGUUCCGAGACUUCUACGCUCCAUCGCAGUCCAUUGUGACAUCCACUGGUCAAAACGACUCCGGACUCUUCGAGACCAAUCUCCGCGAUGAGCGAUUUCUCCCAUUUGAGCGGACUGGCGUGAUAAGCUCGUGGAGACUACAGCUCGGCCCGGCAACCAUGGCACAAAUAGACUUCCAGACAAUCACCGACGUUAUACUCCAUUUCAAGUACACAGCGCGGGAGGCAGGCGAGCCUCUCCGCUCCCAAGCCAUUAGCGAAUUGAAAGCAAAGACGCUCGAUUCUAUCGCGAUUGCAGAGAGUCAAACCGGCCUGGCUCGCUUCUUCAGCCUUCGUCAUGAGUUUCCCGACGCAUGGCAUCGACUCUGGCAGGCACCCUCGGGCCAAGGGGCUACAACGCAAGAGGCGAGACUGCCCAUUCUUACAACGCGAUUUCCCUUCAUGUUCAGACUCGUAAAGAGCCUCAACAUCUUCCGAAUCGAGGUUUUUAUCAGAGUCAAGGAGAAGUUUUUGAAAUCUACACAUGGGGCCGCCGCGGUCAAGUUUGCGAUAGUCGGAGAAGACGCACCGGAAGAUGAGCCAAAUCCACCGUUGGAACUGAUUGAAUGGAAAGGCGUGCUUCGGGGCGCGAAGACACUGGAUCAUUCCCCGGGCGUGUUCAUUAUAACGACAUGGUUGGAUGACGGAGGCCUGGUUCUCCGUGAAGCUGUGGAUGAGAUUAUGCUUGUAGCGCACUACGCUGCGAUAUGGCCACCAAUCGCCCCUACCACCUAA